CAAAGUGCUGGGAUUACAGCCACCGCACCCAGCCAUUUCUAACUUUUUUGCUGGUAUAGAUGACCCUGGGAUGAACACCUUAUGUUAGUCUUGGUGCCCACUUGUGAUGAUUUUCUUCUGCUCAGUUCCUAGAAGGGGAGUGCUGUGUCAAGGCUUUUAUGAGCACUUCUGAUCCGUUCUUGCUCUCAAAGCUUUAUUGAGAUAUAAUUUACAAACCAUAAAAUUCGCUUGUGUAAAGCGUAUAAUUCAUUGGUUUUUAGUAUAUUUACAGAGUUGUGCAACCCUCACCAUAAUCUAAUUUUAGAACAUUUUCGUCAUCAAAAAAGGAAACCUUGUACCCAUGAACAGUCACUCCCCGUACCUCCCUCCCCAGCCCCUGGCAACCACUCAUCUCUUUUCUGUCUCCAGGGAUUUGCCUAUUCUGGACAUUUCAUAUAUGUGGAAUCAGACAAAAGGCUGCAAGCCUUUUGUGUCUGGCUUCCUUCAUUUAGCAUCAUGUUUUCGAGGUUCACCAAGGUUACAGCAUGUAUUUUGUUCCUUUUUAUGGCUGAAAAAUACUCCACUGUAUGGACUUGCCACAUUUUGCUUAUUUGUUUAUCACUUAAUAGACAUCAGGUUAUCUCCACUUUCUGGCUGUUAUGAAUAAUGCUGCUAUGAACAUUCGUGGACAAGUUUUUGUGUGGAUCUGUGUUUUCAUUUCUCUUGGGAUACAUCUAGGAGUGGAAUUGCUGGGGCAUAUAGUAAUUCUAUGUUUAAUUACAUUGGGCUGGGCACGGUGGCUAACGCCAGUAAUCCCAGCACUUUGGGGGGCUAAGGCAGGUGGAUCACUUGAUGUCAGGAGUUUGAGACCAGCCUGGCCAAUAUGGUGAAACCCUGUCUCUACUAAAAAUCAAAAAUUAGCUGGGCGUGGUGAUGGAUGCCUUUAAUCCCAGUUACUCAGGAGGCUGAGGCAGAAGAAUCACUUGAACCCAGGAGGUGGAGGCUGCAGCGAGCCAAGAUCGUGCCAUUGCACUCCAGCCUGGGAAACAGAGUGAGACUCUGACUCAGAAAAAAAAAAAUGACUAUAUAUAAAAUAAAUAUGACUGCCAACCUGUUUUCUGAAGCAACUGUACCAUUUUAUAUUCCCACCAUCAUUGCGUGAGAGGACUCCAGUUUCUCCAUGUCCUUGCCAAUAUUUGUUAUUGUCUGUCUUCUUGAUUGUAGCCAUCCCAGCCAUCUUAAAGGGUGUGAAGUAGUUUCUCAGUGUGGUGUUUUUUUUUUUGUUGUUUGUUUGUUUUAAACGGGGUCUUGUUCUGUCACCCAGGCUGGAGUGCAGUGGCAGUAUCUCAGCUCACUGCAGCCUCAAACUCCUGGGCUCAAGUGAUCCUCCCACCUCAGCCUCUUGAGUAGCUAGGAUUACAGGCACACACCACCACACUCAGCUAAUUUUUGUUUUUCACUACACUACGUGAUGUGGUUUUUUGUUUUGUUUUGUUUUGUUUUUGUUUUUUGAAGAGCUGGGGUUUCACCGUAUUUCCCAGGCUGGUCUCGAACACCUGGAUUCAAGCAGUCCUCCCACCUCAGCCUCCCAAAAUGCUGGGAUUACAGGUGUGAGCUUCCGGGUUUAGCCUCAGUGUGGUUUUGAUUUGCAUUUCCCCAAUGGAAAAUGGUGUUGAGCAUCUUUUCAUCUGCCUAAUAGCCAUUUCUUAUUCUUUUGAUACAUUAUUUUUGAGUAGCCUUCCAGAAAGGUCAUACCCAUAUAUCUUCUUGUCACCAGUGGUGCCAGCACUGGGUAUUAUUUUAAAAACCUUUGCCACCUUCUGGAUGAAAAGUGGUUAUCUUAUCCUAAGUGUGACCAUUUCUCUUUGUUAAAAGUUGAGAUAUGAUUCAUAUACCAUAAAAUUCACUUGUUUAAGUUGUACAAUGCAUUGGCUUUUAGUAUAUUUAAACAAUUGUGCAAUGAUCACCACUAUCUAAUCCAGAACAUUUCUAUCACCCUAGAAAAAAACCUUGGAGCAGUCAGUCCCAAAACUCCCUGCCUCCAGCCCGUGGCAACCACUGAUCUUUCUGUCCCCGUGGAGUUCGACUGUUUCUCUUCUAUGCCUUGGUCAUACACAUUUCUUGUGAUUUAUCAGGCUAUUUACUCAGCAUGUUUGUCUCCUGCACUGCUUGCCUUUUUCUUGAUUUGUGAACACUACACGGCACGGAUAUUAGCUCUGUCCCAUGUUGCAAAUAUUUCCCUGGUUUCCGAUUUGACUUUUCAAUUUUGUUCCUGCAUUUCUUGACCUAUGGGGGUUUGCAAGUUCCAGGCAGUAAAAUCCAGUGAUCUUCGCCUUUAUGGUUUUAUUCUUUGCUUUUUUACCUUAGAAAGGCCUUUCCCCACCCAGGAUCAGAUAAAUAAUUAUUUAGGUUUUAUUCUAGUUCUGUCUUGGUUUCCUUUUUCACUUUUAAUUAUUUAAUCCAGCUGGCUUUUGUUAUGUGUGGCUUGUGUGAUUUCCUGUUGUUUUGUGAUGUCAGUGAGAGGCUGUGUGUCAAGGCCUGUGACAUGGUAAACGUUCAGUUAACAGGAGCUAAAAUGAUAGUAAUGAGAGUCCGUGCCGGGUGGAGCUCAGAAGGACAUGGGAUUCCCGGUGCUGUGCCGUGGCUGGAGGAGGACCUGGCCUGGCUGUGCCAGUUGGCUGGGAGCCCCUCCACCUCAGAAGCCCUUGCUCUCACCUCUUCUUCUGAAUCAUCGUUCUUCGAAGAGUUCAAGGCCCAAGCUACAAGCAGCUUGCUCCAGCAUCCAGGAGGUCCGGCGGUGCACACAGCUUGAGAUGCCUGACAACCUUUACACCUUUGUGCUGAAGGUGAAGGACCGGACAGACAUCAUCUUUGAGGUGGGAGACGAGCAGCAGCUGAAUUCAUGGAUGGCUGAGCUCUCUGAGUGCACAGGCCGAGGGCUGGAGAGCACAGAAGCAGAGAUGCAUAUUCCCUCAGCCCUAGAGCCUAGCACGUCCAGCUCCCCAAGGGGCAGCACAGAUUCCCUUAACCAAGGUGCUUCUCCUGGGGGGCUGCUGGACCCGGCCUGCCAGAAGACGGACCAUUUCCUGUCCUGCUACCCCUGGUUCCACGGCCCCAUCUCCAGAGUGAAAGCAGCUCAGCUGGUUCAGCUGCAGGGCCCUGAUGCUCAUGGAGUGUUCCUGGUGCGGCAGAGCGAGACGCGGCGUGGGGAAUACGUGCUCACUUUCAACUUUCAGGGGAUAGCCAAGCACCUGCGCCUGUCGCUGACAGAGCGGGGCCAGUGCCGUGUGCAGCACCUCCACUUUCCCUCGGUUGUGGACAUGCUCCACCACUUCCAGCGCUCGCCCAUCCCACUCGAGUGCGGCGCCGCCUGUGACGUCCGGCUCUCCAGCUACGUGGUAGUCGUCUCCCAACCACCAGGUUCCUGCAACACGGUCCUGUUCCCUUUCUCCCUUCCUCACUGGGAUUCAGAGUUGGGCCUUCCCCACCUUAGUUCUACUGGCUGUCCCCGGGGGCUGAGCCCAGAGGGUCUCCCAGGGCGAUCCUCACCCCCCGAGCAGAUCUUCCACCUGGUGCCUUCGCCCGAAGAACUGGCCAACAGCCUGCGGCACCUGGAGCAUGAGCCUGUGAAUCGAGCCCGGGACUCGGACUACGAAAUGGACUCAUCCUCCCGGAGCCACCUGCGGGCCAUAGACAAUCAGUACACACCUCUCUGACCAGUGAGGAAUUCCAGGCCUCAACAGCUGCCCUUGAGGAGCACAGGCAGAAGUGUGAACUUGUGAAUGUAAUUGAUCUUUCCUUCCUUCCAGAGAGAGAUUUAAGGGACACUGUUAACUGCUCGUGCCAGUUUGGACGUGACCCUUCUAUUAGGCCUGUUGAAGGGCCCUCCUGUAAGUUUCAUCUAUCCACCUGGCUUUCUCCUUAUUGUUUACAGAUGUAGUUCUUGUUAGAGGAUGCCGCUAGCUCCUGCCCGGGGUCCCUAUGGCCAGUCCCCGUUACUCUUAGAGAAAGGAGUUGGGGUGAGGGCCAGAGCUGGCAGUGGAAACUUGUUCUCUUUUUCACUGACACUGUCACAGCGGAUGACAGACUUUCUACGGGGAGGAGGGGGGGGAUCAUCAGGAAGCCCAGAACACUAACAAGCGGUUCUCCCAUCUACCGUCAGUCCACAUGGCAGGUCUGCUGUGUCCACACCACAGAUGACCACAUCUAAUCCUGCUUCUACUCUCAGCUUUAGGACAAAAGCUCUGUCAGAGGCACAAGCUGAAGGUCAAAAAUGAUUUAAAACAUUUUACCUCAGACUAAUUUCUUUAAAGGAUUCAGGUUCAAAACUUAACCAUUGCUUAUUUCAGUGCACUGUUUCAACUAACACCCACGCUAUUUUUGUAGUCAGAAACAGCUAUGCAAACCCUACCUAAUUCACAGUCUGAGCCAGCACGCUGGCUUGUCUACUGCAUCCUCGGGACAGUCACCUGCCACUGAGUGGCCACUGUCCUUCCUAAAUGUCAAGAAGUGAAGUAUGUCACCCUUUCAGGGAAAUUCAGGCAAUUACUGAAAUAGGAGGGUGGCAAGAACAGUUCUAUCAUCUUGGUGCCUUACGAAUAAAAAACUGGAUUCUGGUUUACAGCAGCUUUACAGUGAUAGUUAAAUUAACUGGGGCUGGAGGAAGAGCAAGCAAAAAGGGAAGAAGGACUCCUAGGCCCUUUCUAGUAAAUCCUUCAGCAACAAGGCUGGCUCGGUGCCCUCCAAGCAUCUAAUGGCUUAUUAAAUUAUCCCACAAGUGGGUUUUAGGCUCCUUUUUUGAGCCAAAAUGGAAGCUGGGAAUCUGGUGCCAUAACUAAUGAGAAACUCCUUUAAUAGCCCACAAUCAGUGUUCUGUUCUAGCUGGCUACUGCUUCAUUGGAUUGAGAAUCUAUCUAUCUCCUUGCACACAUGGGCACACACAAUCUCCACCAUCCAGGGAGGUCCUGAAGUCAAAUCUCUUAUCUAUACAAGUGAUACAAUUCAUAGGGGGCUGGCUCCUCCCAGAAGCUGUCUGGAGGCUCAGAAACGGGGGCAGUGACAGUGGAGUCAGCUGCUCUUGGGUGCCAGCAGAGCCAUUCAGUACAACCCCCAGGCUCACAGCAGUGGCUUCUAGGAAACUGGGAGUUUAGAUCAGCUUUACAGAUACAUCGAUCAGAGGCUAAAAUUAAACCUCAGCCUAAAACUCAUAGGACUGACUGCCUGGGAGGAGGGUUAGGUCUGCUCCUUCCACUUAUACUUAGUCUCUGUGCUCCAAGAGGUCAAAUUUUUGCUUCUAGAAUUUUCUUGGGGUCUUUCAGAGGGUGGGGGAACAAACCCCUCUGCACUUUUUUUUUUUGAGACGGCGUUUCUCUUGUCAACCGGGCUGGAGUGCAGUGGUGCAAUCUUGGCUCACUGCAACCUCCACCUUCCUGGUUCAAGUGAUUCUGCCUCGACCUCUCAAGUAGCUGGGAUUACAAGCACCAGCCACCAUGCCUGGCUAAUUUUGUAUUUUUAGUAGAGACAGGGUUUCACCAUGUUGGCCAGGCUGGUCUCGAAUGUCUGACCUCAGGUGAUCCACCCGCCUUGGCCUCCCAAAGUGUUGGGAUUACAGGCGCGAGCCACCGCGCCCAGCCUACACCACUUUUAGUACCAACACUCUUGGGUGAUUUCAUGGACCCUAAAGCAGACCUGACACUGAUCCAGAUUUGCAGUCCAUUUUUAAGGACACCUGUCUUUAUUUCCUCAAAGUCAAGCAGCUUUCUCUGGAAAAUGAAUGCUAAUUAGUGUGAACCAAAAGAGUAAGUAAGAGUCUGAAGUUUUUUUAAAGGAGAAAGCUUAUUAUGGAAAGUCACUGGUCCUCCCCUCCGCACAGGAAAGGUACCAGUAGAUAAUGAACCAAAUUAAGUUCCCUCCCUCCAGCCAGAAGUUAAACAUCUGGCAUAUGACGUCUUCACGCCAGGGGCACUCAUUUCUUAGCAGCCUCUCUACAUACAUCUCUCAGGUGGUGCCAAGAGGCACACCAGGUAGAGCAAACUUAGCAGCUCUGAUUAACAGGCUGCAAAGUGCAAGUCCAGAUUCUGUGGCAGAGAUUUAGAAGGCACCCACCUCCAGACUGCUUCCCGUCCAAGUUACCAGGACAGCUCAAAUACAUGCUGACAGAAAACUCUCAUGGCUCUAGGAAGAAGUGACACUAAGCCAACACCUUUCUUUAUGUGGGAGCAGACUCAGCUGAUGAAGGGGUGGGCAGCAGUGUGGGGCAGGCACCCCACUGGCUGCAGCUAGCCCACCAUAGGCACAGCACAUCCCACCACUCUCCUUCCAGUCCCGACCAGGCCCCAGCCGGCAACUUCUACCGAGAGCCAUGGCUCAACACCAAACUGGACAGUAGACAUGAUCCCUCCAGUUAGUUAGCUCUAAUUACAGACCCCACCAGUACAGCUUGACAGCUCCCGGCACCAUCCCUUCCUUCAUCUGACUUUAUUGAACUUUUACAAACUAACAGUCACCAGCACCAAAGAAUUAAGUCAACUAACCUGCCUUGAAUUUUAGACCAGCAAUCCAUAUGGCUUUAUCUGGUAUAAAUCUUCUGCCUUUGAUCAUUUCUGGACCGUAGGAAAAAGGAAUAGCAAUCAUUAAAAUCUUGGGCCAGCGAACACUAUUUUUACAUAACAGUUUCUUAACCUAAAGUCAAGGCCUUGGACUCUUCCCUGAGGGUUGCCUGAGAUUCCUUCAUGCUUUCUAUUCAGGACUAAGUCCCUUACUGCAAAUGUGUUAGCUCUAACAUCUCCCAGAAGCUAGAGGAACUUGCGAGUAUAUUAACAAGGACACAUCUGACAUCCUGUGUUUGGUUAGAAUAUACAGCACAUUGUGAUAACAUAAAGUGGAUUCAUCUUGUAUCAUUAUAGGCAGAAGGUAUUUGGCAAUUUUUUAUGUAUUGUUUUAUGUACUGUACAAGUAACUUAUUCUUGAAUAAUGCAAAUUUUGCUAUAAUGUACAAAUUGCUAUAUGUGAAUUAAAAAGUUUUCAGAAUCUUGA